AUGCUCGCGCGACGAGACCAGGAGAACCUGGUGCACUCGCACCAGGUGACUGCGGCAACAAAGCCUCUGAACCAAGGCGUGCGGCAGCUGCAACCAAAGACUCCCGGCAACAGAGCUUCAAAGACGCCUUUCAAGAUCCCUUUGCGUGAUGAGAAUGAGCCCGCGGUAUUCGGAAAAAAAGGCAACGGGGGAGGGGCUGGUAUCGGCAAGGAAGCCUUCGUCACGCCUUUGGGCCCUCGCAAUCGCGCCCCUCUAGGAGCGAAAACCACAAAUGCCAAAACAGGCGCAUUCAAGACGCCGGGGUUGCAGCCAGAGACCUUGAAGACCCAGAAAACGAAGCACCGAGGCUCAAGUACGAAGAAGCCCAAGAAAGCAGAGAUUCAGGUUCAGCAAGCCCAGCCGCAGGUCUUUGAUGCGUCUGAAGUGGAUGAUGUCCCUGAUGUCGAAUAUGCACCACCAAAACCAAAAGAAUUGCCUGAUGAUCCAGAAGACAUCACCUAUGACACAACAUUUCCCCAAUUCCAGGGGCGCAAUAUAACCCGGGGAUGGGGGAAGAUAUACUAUGACGGUGAAGUGGGAGAGGACGGCCUCACUGCACGCCAGCGCAAGUUUCAGCAAGAUUCCGUCGCCUAUGACAAGAUUAUCGACGAAACAAUCCAAAAGCAAGUUGACAACAUCAAGCUGGAGGAUUUGUUUUCUCCCGAGGAGCCGGAUAUGCUCCAUCAGGUCGUCUCUAAGCAACUACCGCGCAAAAAGACCACACUACCAGACAGAGCGAGUACCCUGAAGUCACGAAAUGCUGCAGCUGCGCUAUCUCGCCCGGGAUCUGCAGCAACCGCUCGCAGUGAUACCGCCAGGACUUCUUCCACCACAGGUAAAUCCAAGAAUAUAUCGUCUUUAUUGCCAUCGAGAAGAAAGACACCCUCCCCUCCGGCUAAUGCCUCAACUGCCCGUCACGCCGCUGCUGCUGCCAGUUCCCGUACUACCGUGGGCUAUUCCAAAGGGAGAACGGUGUCUUCUACUCUUCAGAACAAGACGCCAGCCACCACCAAAUCGUCUCAACAGAAGACCAUCAUUGCUCCACAGACAUAUGUACAGCUCUAUGGAACGCCACCGAUUGACAGUGAGAUGUGGGUGCGGUGCAAAGAUGCGGGAUGCCUGCCUGAACUAGAGGUGGCUCUCGGCUAUGACGAUGAUGCCGCUGUUCCGUCCCUUUUUGAGGAAGAUGAAGAGACACAGAACUUCCAACUCACACUUUAA